UUCGCCGUUUUUGUGAAUGAUCCGCAGACCACCGAGUGUCGUGUUGAAGGCUGCUGCAGGUUUACUUUGAAAUCAAGAAAGCAAGCGACACUGAAGGCAGAGAUCUCUGCAUCGCUCUAGACACGGCGUUCCAUCCGGCAAAGGAAUUCUACAAUUUCCAGCAAACAGCUCGAUCCAGAAUGUCUUUCAUCAACGAUGACGCAGGAAGCCCCGCCCCUCCGGCACUUCCCGUGCGCAAUGUGAGCGUGAGCAGCUUUGGCAGCGGAGCCACGACUGAGUCGUUUCAAGGCGUAGGCAGGCACGGGAGCACUUCUUCCAGCAACGGCGUCGGCCGCUUCAGCAGUGUCAGCAACGCGAUUGGCAGCAGAAAGAUGACCAGCACGGUCCGCGCCUCCAACAAGGCCGCCAUUUUGGCCGUAGGCGAGGAGCUGCGGCAACUCUUGCACGCAGAGAACCCUCCGCUCAUCAAGGACCGGCGCUACCACCUCCGGUCCUACCAGGCGUGUUUCGCAGGGCACGAGAUGGUGGACUGGCUCCUCAAGAAGGGCGAGGUGGAGUCGAGGAGAGAGGCCGUCGCCAUGAUGCAGAAACUUAUCGAUCACGGAGUCUUACAUCAUGUGUGCGAUGAUCACGUUUUCAAAGACGACAAGUUGUUCUAUCGCUUCCGGAAAGACGACGGGACAUUCGAGGAGCCUCCAGAUUCAGCUAUAUUAGCCAGAGGACAGAGGAUAUAUGGCAGAUUGCGCAGUGACGGAUCAGAUCUCAUCAGAGAGCGCAAGUACCAUCUCACCACCUACAAGAGCGUGUUUGUGGCACGGGAGUUUGUGGACUGGCUCAUCUCGAGGGGCGAGGCCAGCUCCAGGAUCGAGGCCGUGGACAUUGGGAAACAACUGUUGGAUGCCGGCGUUUUCAGACACGUAUGCGACGACCACCACUUCAAAGACGAGUUCCUCUUCUUCCGGUUCAAGAACGACGACAAGCCGCGCUCCCCUCUCCCCAAGAAGAACUCUCGCAGGAACACCAAGGGAGGCGGAGGGAACAAUGAUGACUCGGGGAGCAUGGGAGAGCCGUCAGACAACCGUCAGUCAGGGAGCAGCUGGGGCAGCGGUGAAGACUCCACCGGCCAGCCAGCCAAACAAGAGACUGACGAGUAUGUCCAGAUGCAGAGGACACCUACCCAGCCAAGUCCACUAGCUAACUCAACCACUUCACCCACUCCUGAAGGAGCCCAAGUGAAGAGACCCACAGUAGAGGAACUGAUGGAUCCAAAUGGACAAUACGUCAAGAGACAGGUUGAUGUAAGUGUUACCAACUCCUUGUCGACCAGUGUGUUUGGUUCUAGACCUGCGCCACUUGUGUCCUUGAGGAUAUCCCGUAAUACUGAGUUGCUUGCCUGGUGCCUUUGCCUUGGAAACUGUGCGUGUGCAUGCACAAACUUGUCUUGUUUCGUUUGUGAUAGUAUGAGUCGCGUGUGUACACCGUGACAAGCUACGUACGUACAUUAGGUGGUGCCAGAUGUAGAUGCAUACUGUUUUUCUUUGGAAGGACAGCCCCUUUACAGUGUAUGUCGAGUCAUUCCUCCCCAUGGUAUGUAUUACAGGUCGUGAGUGAUCCGGUUGGGUAUGGGUUUGUCAUACGAGGCUCUCGACCAGUCUAUGUCCAUGGAGUGGAUCCCAACGGUCCAGCCAGUGCAUCUGGCCUCAAGGUGGGAGAGUACCUGUACUCGGUCAAUGGACAAGUGGUCCUCAACGCCACACACACAGACGCCGCCCGUAUCAUCCUCAUGGGCCCCAGCACUGCAUCCCUAGUCACCUUCAAAGAUACCACCGCCACUCAAUGAAACUCUAUAUUUUAUACCUACCUACUGUAUCAUUAUACACCUACCCCAGUGGUAUUAUUCCCUAUACAGCUCCCGGCUAUUAUGUUUAUUGGAGCAUUUUUGUUGUCAUCAUUGAUUGCAGUCUAUUAUUAUCGUUAUUGUUGUUUGGGUGCCAAAUUUCAUGUGAUUAUCUUGUUAUGUUCACCUGCUGAUAACUAAAGUCCAUUCGCACCCGGAAGUAGGGCAGUCAAAACGGACAUCAUUUGGCCCACACCUUCACAUUAG